AAUAGGUGUACUUGUAUCAAGUGCAGGCGAGGUAUGGCGAGCCGCAUCUCUUGGCAUGGAUAUAGCUGGCGGCGCGCGCGGGUAGCCCAAUAAUGACUCUUCCUUUGGUCGAAAUACAAGUAGGAGGCGUGCAGUGCACACCGCACACAGUAGAGAGUGGCGGCAAGCCAUCACGGUAUCACUCUAUCACGCUCUCACCACCACCUCCACCACGAACAUCAAGCCCAACCAAGCACAUCCACAUCUCUCGAACAAAGCUUGAGUCUGACAAGCCUACCCCCUCCCGGGAAAAAGCAAAUGCUAUGCCACCGCUAACCAAAGAUGUCAUCAAAUUCGGGACUUUCAUAGUUACCAAUCAGGUCUUCCACACGACUCCGCUCUCCUACGCCCUCGUGAACCUCAAACCCCUCCUCCCAGGCCACGUCCUCGUCUCGCCCCUACGCCCCGUCCCCCGCCUCUCCGACCUCACCCCCGCGGAGGUAUCCGACCUCUUCCAAACCGUGCAGCGCGUGUCCCGCACCAUCGAGCGCGUGUUCUCCGCGUCGGCGCUCAACAUCGCGGUGCAGGACGGCGCGGACGCGGGCCAGAGCGUCCCGCAUGUGCACGCGCACGUCAUCCCGCGGCGGCGGGACGACUUGAAGGAGAUGGGGGGCACGGACGCGGUGUAUGAUUUGCUGCAGGGGGAGGAGGGGGAUCUGGGGAGGCAGUUCGAGGAGAGGGGGGGCAGGUUUCCGAAGGUGGAUGAUAAGAGUAGGAGGGCGAGGAGUGAGGAGGAGAUGAGGGUUGAGGCGGAGUGGUUGGCCGGGGAGAUGGAGAAGGAUAGGGGGGUUGAUUCUUGAGAACCAGGGAGGGGGGAUAUACCAUGAUGGGGUUUGUCAUAGGGAUGACUGGAUGCUUCGAAUGGGUCGUCUUCGGUUCUUUAGACCUUGGUAAGACUCCUGCCACAGUACGGCAGCACCAAGCUUCAUGGAGACUGCUUAAGUUAGCAGAACAUAGCCAGAAGAGAGCAGACAUGUCGAAGGAUAUAUACCUACACUCGUGCUAGAAUCUCAUGCUCUACAUAGCCAUCCAUCAAGAGAAAGCAUAGAAUAACAAUGAAAAGGCAUCUCAAAAUACCUAGAUUCCUACAACCUUCCCUCCCCGUGCGGCUCGGCUCUGUUACGCCUAUGACAUCCUUCUCUCACACUCUUCUUUUCUUUUCUAUCUCAUUCACUCGUUCGCACACCUAUCUCUAUAUACGCACAUCUUGAUGGGGAUGAACAGGAAGAAACGCAGUCAUAACGCACACAACUUUUG